GUCAGGGGUGGGUCAGUCCAAACUUCUCUGCUAUCUGUAGAUGUAGAUUUGGGCGAGGUGAAAAAAUCCUCAUCUUUCGUUUCCAAACUCAUUUGCUCCCUCUCUCAUUCCUUUCUUCCUGCUUUCCCUCCCUUCCUCUUGCACUCACUGCCUGUAAAAGAUAUGGGAACAUCCUUGAGUUAGGAGGCAUGUUCAUACAUAGAUGACUGUCUACUGAUGCAUCAGCUGAGUGUUCAUUGCAAAUCUCAAGUGGAACUACAAGUACGAGAGAAAUACCCAGGAACCACAGAGGUGGAUGCACUGAAGCCUCAGGAUAAAGGGUAGCAAAGGCCCACCUGAGCAGGGAGUAUACCAUCAAAACAGAAAACCAGGGAGGAAGGACACAACAACAUGCUGACAAAACAGAAAAAGAUGGUCUUUCCAUUCCAGAUACACAAAUCAAUUUUUCUCAUCCUACUAUUCAAUGUCCCACUUCCCAGCACAUGUCAGACCACACUGAAUGCCCACAGCACCCUCAACCAAACCAUCCCUCACACUGCUGCCACUAGCUCUAAUGCUAUCCCCAAUACCACCACUAAUAAUUCCACAGUAAAAUCCACUAUCAACCGAGGCACCACUCCCUUCCUCCAGCGCAACUUUUCCUCAAACUCUACUUCCCAGGAUGCAAUCCUGGGGUGUGGGGCGGAUCUGGACCCCAUCUACUCCUACCUGUGUGACCGUCAGGUGGCGUGGGGUAUCGUGGUGGAGAGCCUGGCCUCACUGGGCUUUGUGGUCAGUUCAGGGCUGCUGGUGGGGCUGCUGUUCUGGACCCUGUGGAAGUGUGUGUCGUCCCGCCAGCGCAGGGGCAUCGGGGGGAGCGUAGCCUCCAUGGCUCUGUUCCUGGUCAGCACGGCAGGGGUCUUCGCCCUGACCUUUGCCUUCGUCAUCCGCCUCCCCCACCAGACAUGCCCCACGCGCCUCUUCCUGUUCGGGGUGCUGUUCUCCCUGGCUUUCUCCUGCCUGCUGGCGCGCUGCCUGGCCCUGCUGGGCUUCGGUGUGACCCGGGGCUGGGGGGAGAGUGGGGUGGCCCUGGCCCUCUUCACCCUCCAGGUGGUCAUCGCUACAGAGUGGCUGAUCAUCGUACUGCUGCGGGACGGCCAGCCCUGUCAGUACUCCCAGGGGGAGUUUGUCAUGUUGCUCAUCUACGUGCUGGUUCUGCUGGCCACCGGCCUGGUCCUCUCCCUGUGCUGCCUCUGCCACUCCUGUCUCACCUACAGCUAUAGCUACAGCGGGGGCACCCACCGACAGAGCAAAGGUCCAGGCCACACUGCUCUGCCUCACCCUGCUGCUGUCCGCUGCCAUCUGGGUGGUGUGGAUCGCCCUGCUGACCCGGGGUACAUGGAGAUGGGCCGGCGGCCGCAGUGGGAUGACCCGGUGCUGAGUAUAGCCCUGGUGGCCAACGGCUGGGUCCUGCUGCUGGGCCACGGACUGGCCCAAGUGGUCCUCCUCUGCAGGUGGGAGGCCAGCUCCAAGGAGGGCCCCCUCGACUUUGGCGGAUGGACCAGUCCCAAUGCCAACUCUGCCAGGGCUGGGCAGCCCGAAAGAAGGAAGGGAGAACAGAAGCUUUGAGAACGACGGCAGAAGACAAGACCCCGUUUUCCAGUCACCAUAUGAGUCUGGAUUCUCAAUGACAGAAAUAGAUCCUGACAAAGAUUACUCCAUCCCUCGUCCUCAGACUACCAACAUCAGGGAGCCCUAUGAUGAAUACUAUGGACACAGCAUGUCUGAUUAGGAUCACAUUGCUUUUCGUGUACACACACACACACACACACACACACACACACACACACAAAGACAACCUAACAGCUGAACAUAUACAUGCACUCUCACAUGACCCAGAAAUGUUUUUGAAGUUCAGCUACAAAUGUAUAUUUAUUGUAUAGAACCUGAAUUGCAACAUGAUUUCCAUAAUUAUGUGACUAAGGCUUGAUUGAUUAAUUUAAUUCAUCUUUACUCAUGCUGGAUCCAGAUAGAAUGAGCUUACUGAAUUUGAGCUAAAAGUGUUUUUGCAACAUGCUGCUUGAAAACACAAGAGACAGUGUCUAAUAGGCCCAGGGAGGAGGCGUGAAUCUGUCUGUAUCAUGGGUGCCAAACUGCAGGGAUGAGGCAGCGCCAGGCAUGUGUGCAGGAGAGGAGAGAAAGGACCUGGCAGCGCUAAAGUAGACCCUUGUCAUCAUGUCUUAACAUCUUCUUAUGUAAAGGUAUAUGGCGGCUUUUUUUUCUUUAAACCCCAGUUUAUAAAUACAAUCAAUGUUAUACUAUGCAUAUUGUGCAGUUUGAAAAAGUGUUAUUAAAAUUGAAUGUUAAAAGGUAUAUUUGUUAGUCAUAUCUAACAGCAGAGGGCUGAUUCAUUCUCUCACAAAAAAAGCAGCAGGAGCUAGAUUGAAUGUGGUAGUACUGUGUUUAACCACUAGGUGACACUGUACAACAUGUGUGAAUUAUUGUUGGUGGGAUUCAAUUUACCUCAAUGUUCAUACUAUUAUUGUUCCACCAAAUGUAAACAAAUGCAUUCCAUCAUGUAAUUUCCACAUGCAAAUAUUGUUUACUGAUAUGAAUGAUAGAUCUGUAGUGCUCUAGGAA